AUGGUGGUCUUUACUGUCUCAGCAACCCUUCCAGUUUUCAGAACAAGUUUAUUUAUGUUUAAAUGCGUUUGUAGAAAAUCGUCUUUAGCUGAUGAGGUGGUCCUUGCGCGCCACAUAUGCGGAUCGACCAUCAGGACUAGAACGCCUUGGUUUGAUCGUCAAAAAGGCUCUCAAAAUUGCACCGCGCGACGCACGAAAGUAGAAUUUGCGCCUGGACCUAAUAUAUUCCAAAGAACUCAAUCGACGUUUGCAGAAAACAACUCUUCUCCUAGCACCAGGUGUACCCCGGAUCUGAUUAAAUUGCCGUGGAGUGUCCAACUAGGGCACUUCCAAGCAAAAGGAAGCAGGCACUAUCAUUCUCGACGGCAGCUGAAUACGGCUAACUUUGUGGACAGUUGCCCUCCUGGCGCACAGCCGUAUCUACGGUUGAUUCGUCUCGAUAAACCCAUAGGAACAUGGCUCUUGUACUUGCCAUGCACAUGGAGCAUAGGGCUUGCAGCUCCCGCAGGCUCCUUACCAGAUCUCAAAUUGUUGACCCUUUUUGGAGUAGGGGCCUUGGUGAUGAGAGGGGCGGGUUGCACCAUCAAUGACAUGUGGGAUGUUGACUUUGAUAAGAAGGUGACUAGAACCAUUUCCAGACCUCUGGCUGCCGGAUCUCUUACACCUUUCCAAGCAUUGGUGUUUCUUGGAGCUCAACUAAGUGUUGGUCUGUCUGUAUUACUCUCUCUAAACAACUACAGUAUUAUCCUUGGAGCUGCGUCUCUUGGACUUGUUGUCACAUAUCCUUUGAUGAAGAGAAUCACUCACUGGCCACAAGCCUUCCUUGGGAUGACGUUUAAUUGGGGUGCUCUGCUUGGCUAUGCUGCAGUUCAAGGAAGCUGUGAUUGGUCUGUCUGUUUGCCAUUGUACAUUGCAGGAAUUAAUUGGACACUCAUUUAUGACACUAUCUAUGCCCAUCAGGAUAAGGAUGAUGAUGUCUUAAUUGGUGUCAAGUCCACAGCAUUGCUAUUUGGAGAUCAAACAAAGCCUUGGCUAACAGGAUUUAGUGUGGUUAUGCUUAGCAGCCUCAUUCUUGCUGGAAUGAACAGUGAUCAGGCUUGGCCAUACUAUCUGGGACUGGGCUGUGUUUCUUCUCAUCUGGCAUGGCAGAUUAAGACUGUAAAUCUCUCCAAUUCUGCUGAUUGCUUAUCAAAGUUCAAGUCCAAUAAGUGGCUUGGGUUGAUUUUGUUUGCUGGUGUUGUGGCUGGUACUAUUGUCAAGAAAACAACAGAGAAAGAAGAAACUUAAGAGGCAAGAAACAA